UAGCCGAUUGGUAUACACGUUACUCUUUACAUUUGUAUUAAAUACCACUGCGCAUUUAUAAAAAAAAGUAUUAAUACAAUUCGUACAUUGAUAAUUCGAAGUUUACAGUAUUCUCAUAGGAAAUCGUACACUCUCAAACGAUUGCGGUUCAAAUUCAUAAAUUUUUAAUUUAACUUUCGCUUAAUCGAUAGAUGAUUUGUAGAUAGUGAAAAUCAACGCGACCACACCUAUCUAGCGCCAUCGUGUAAUUCGUACGCAGCCAAAUUUUAAGUGCAGGGCCAUUUUAAAAAGUGCAUUAUAAGUUAUUAAAAAAAUAUAUAUAUAACAAUGCUUUCGAUCACGGGAUAUGUCUUUAUAAAUAACACGGCCUCGGGGCGCAAAUUCGGAUCGCGGGUAAACCAUAUGACCAUCUUGAUCGAAAAGCAAGACAGCAAAUACGUUGUGUUUGUAAACAUGAGCCGAGAUGAAAAGCGACUCAUGUAUUUAUUAAAAGAUUUGAAAGGCGUAGUUAAUCAUGACAAGAAAGUAAUGCUGAAGUUUCAGCACCCUGAGCAUGAAGUGAUUGUUAUGACUGACGAUAUCGAUACAGCGAAGAAAUUCAAGGAAGAUCUGAUAUCCCUCGCUAAAAAUCUGAACUUACACAUCGAAGAAUUAUUUCCACACGGUAUUCUAAUUCAAUUUGGGAAUAUAGUCGGAUGCCGUACGUUGCAAAAUAUGGACGUAUCUACUCUGAGAAUUAUCGCCUUGGAAAACUGUAACUUACCUAAUCUGCCUGAAGGGCUUGGAAAUUUAACAAUUUCAUGUCUUAGCCUGAAUGGUAGCAAACUGUAUAUUCCAACGAGUGGUAGUAAUACCGUCUGGAAUUGGAUGACUAAGAGAAAAAUAUCAACAUCGUUAAAUAUGCUGGAAAUUAAUUCAAUGGGCUUAGAGAGGUUGCCAUCUGAAAUCGUAUAUCUGAAAAAAAUACGAAUUUUGUCAGUCUCCAAUAAUAAAAUAAAAUACAUACCUCAUUUCAUCUGUUUACUUCGAGAACUCAAAUCUCUAUAUGUUGAUGGUAACAUGAUGAAGUUUUUACCAGAAAGUUUAUGGUGUAUUAUGUUUCGGAAAAUCAACAUUUCGAAUAAUAACUUUGAUGAUUAUGUACCCGUCGAACGUGAACAUUCUAAUUAUUUAUAUCAAGCGCCAACGUUAUUGGAUUUAUCAUCUUUAACUCUUUUGAAUAACGAAGUAAGAUACAUAAAAGAUGAUAUACCUUUUACUCUAUGGACCUGUUCUGAUCUUAUUGGCCGUUGUAGACUUUGUAGGAAGCUAAUGUUACUUGAUCGAAAUCAUGAACUAUUCUUUUAUGCCAUGCCAAGAACAGAAAAAAUGAUUGAGAUGAAAGCUAUAUUUUGGCAAUAUUUUGAGUGUCGUCCUUCGUGUAUUCGAUUUUAAAAAAAAAUAAGAAGAAUUAUUGUCUAACUUACACAUUCUUUUAAAUCAAAUAGUUCUUAAUUUCUUACUACAGAUUUUAAAAGCUUAUCAAUUUAUAUCCACAAUACUAUUACCUAGUACUUACAAAACCCACAUAUCAUUGAAUGCAAAUUUAAAAUUAUCAAAUUCUCCUACAAGAUUCAAAUCAUUUUAAAAAAUAAAAGAAAAUUUUAUAAUUUACGUUUUACCCCAUAAUUAGUGUUGAAUUUUACAAUUUUAUUAUUACCUAUCAUGGGAUAGGUAACUCUUAGAAAAAAUUGAAACUUCUUAGAAGAUGUAUUAUAUUAUGUUUUUCUGUAGUGGCCGUAAAAUAAUAUUUUAGGUACCUAAUGUAUAAAUAUUAAAAUUCUUUUCUGAAAUGGUUAAAUUAAAUACAAAAUCUUACAUAUUUUGUUAUAUAUUACUAAAAAUGCACAAUCGACAAAUAUUAGUAUUUUUUAAGUUUAACAAUAUUGAUACCUACUAAUAUUAUACUGGUACAUAUUUUAAUAAAAAUAUUAUUUUAUUAUAUUUUAGAACAUUUUUUAAUAAUUUUAAUUGCAUAUUUACAUGCAUAUAGUUUGAAAAUUGUUAAUACAAUUAGUACUAAACCUUACCCUUUAAAUUAACCAUAGAUAUAACUAGACAAAUUUGUUGUAAAUUUAUGAUGGAUAGUUUAACAAUAAAUUAACUUAUAAACCAUAAGGUGAAAAUUAAUUAAGUAUAGGUAGGUUAUACUGUACCUACUAUUUAUACUUAUCAAACUACAAGUAAGAAUAUUGAUCCAUUGUUCCAAAUAAAAUAUUAUUAUUAAUUAAGUUACGUAAUUAAAACAUUUAUAAGCGUUAAGUUCUAAAAUCACUAUUAAGUACCUAUAUUUAUCAUAGACCCAUAGAAUAGGUCUAUGCUAUUUAUAUUCUCUAUAAAACCAAUGUACAAAAUAAUACGAUAAUAUAAGUAAUAUAUAUGUGGACAUAACUAAAAUUAUAUUUAAUAUUUUAAUGAAACCAUAGACUACAUGAAAGUAUAUUGAAAUUUUUAAAACUUAAAUUAUAAUAAAAUUAUCUUUGUUAAUUCAAAAUAAGUUAUUUUAAUUUCAUAAUAUCUUUGAAUACAUAAUAAAAUAUUGUAUAAUAAUUAAAUUAUAUACCUCUACUUGAAGAGCUUAGAUAAAUAAUAAUAAUAUUAUAUUGUUAUCUAGGCUCUCUACCUCUACUACAUUGAUUUGUCGAAUCUUUUCCAAUCGGGUAUUUCAUAAUAUACAAUUACAGAUUGAAAUAUUUAACUCAUAAAUUAAAUAAAAACUAAUAAAAACUCAUUAAGUUAAAAAAAAAACUUAUUCAAGUUUGAUAAUAUAAUUUUAAAACCCAACUACCCAAUUAUUAAACUAAAAGACGAAUUAAAGGCUAUUUUUCGAAUUACUAUCGCAACAUUAAAUUAAUUUUUAUUAAAUACCAAGAAUCAUUACAUAUUAAUCGAAACUUAAAUCACCAAAUGGUCCAAACGACGAUAAACAAUACCUAAAUAUACAGUGAUCGUAUCAAUGCAUAUAUUGUGUCCGCUGUACCAUCUGACUACAUUAUCGUGCAUUUCCUGGUUCAAAAACAAUUAAGAACUGUAUAUUAUAUAUAUAUAUAUAUAUAUAUAUAUAUACUUACUUACUCGCACGUUAAUAUUAUUAUUUACUGACGAUAAAAUACAUCACAAUAAAUCUGUUACCUAUUUAUAAGUAACGCUCAAUAGUCAAUACCUAUUUUAGAAAUUAUCACUCCUAAAACCAUUUGAUUUUUUUUUUUCAAUGUUUUUUUUAUUUUUUUUUUAUUCGUUUAUAUGUUUUUGUUAUUAAUUAUGUCAUUACUAGUAUAUUGUAUUGAUACAUUUAUAAUUGUUCAUUUUGUUUGUUAUAGAUUUAUAAAUUUAUAUGUAAACAUUAACGGAACCACCGUAUAAUCUGUAUUGUAUAAGUACUUUUAUCGAAAUAUAUAUGCUAUGUAUAUUUUUUUUUUUUUUGUGAACAUAUUUUUUAGACUAAGCAAAUUAAUAUUAUAUUUACUAGAACAAUAGUGAUUAUCAUAUUAUAUAAUAAUAUUUAGUGAAUAAAUUAAUCAGGGCUGCAUUUAGGGAGGUUCGAACUUCGAAUAUCAGUAGUUGUCCCGACAAUAAAUUUUUAAGGAUGGAAAUAAGAUGUAAACAGUAAUCAAUAACCAAGAUGCAUUUAAAAACUAUAUACAUUACAGUUAUCAUAAUAAUAACAUGAAAUUAAUUAAAUAUUUAAAUUAUUUCUGUUUAUAAAAAUACUUUUUUUUAAGUGAAAUCUGUCAAAAUUAAAGUCAAUGAGUGAAAAAUUAUGGAGGGAAGUGGAUGACAAAAAUUUUUCCUUGGUCACUAAAAUAAUAAAUGCAGCCAUGAAAUUAAUAAAUAAUAUAUUAUAAUAAUUGUUUGUUUUUCUUAUUGUUAAACAAAAAUGUUGUUAAGCUGUAAGUUUUUAUUCCUAAAUUAUUUUAUUAUAAUAAACUUACUAUUAAGACAUUAAGUACUACCUAAUUAUUAUGCUUAAGAUGCUAAUACUUUUUUCUCUAUAUGCACCCAGAGUGGCGCUAUAGUUGGAUACACUUGUAAUAUUAUGCAAAAAUUAUAAUAUAAUAAUAUGUGUGAAGUGAGAAUAAAUAAAAUAUAGUACAAAUUAUAAACUUAUUGUUCCUGCAAGAAACUUUAAAAAUGUAUAAGAAUUCUAGCUGUGUCGAGUGCAAUAUGUCACUGGCCAACGCCAUCAUGCUUUCCGUCGCAGUGUACGAACGCUGUCUAUACCUAAUACCUAACUUACUGUCUGUGCAAAAAGGAUGACAUGUAAUUACUAAUUAGUAUUUUAUUACUGGUCUGAUAUAAGAGUAUUUUUUUUUUUAAUGUCGAUAAAAAAAUUUUGGGUGACCAAAAAACUUAAAUAUUUAAUAC